CGACGGUGGCACAUGUUGAUGGCUCUUGGUGGUGACAACAGUGAUUCAAUUUAUUGACACCGCUAUCCUGGAUUAUAAUGUGGGUUAUCGUGACGUGAGAGACGCGGGUGGAGGAGCCAAUUUAUUGUAUUAACAACAACAGGCUAUCCAGUAGUUUGACGAUAUCGGAAAAGGGUGUGCUAUUCAACGCAAUUGGGUUGGAAAAAGAUUUUGCAAUCAUAUAGGAAGAGUGAUUAUUUUAGUGAAGGUAUUCAAGCGAACGGGAGUUUAUAAAGAAGAUUUUGUGUGGAAUCUGCGAAGCAAGUGGUACAGUGGUUCACUCCAGCAAUUUCAAAAGUAAUUUAUAGUGAUAAAAUAUGUGUAAUUAUAGCAUCAUUCAUUUUAACAAAUGCUCAAUCGCGGAAUUAAUAUUGUACAUUGGAUGAAUGUCCUUAAUUAAGGAUUUUUUGGAUAACAUCUUCGAAUUUUGAUCUAGAAUAAGAUUCGCAAAACCGAAAACGAACUGGAACGUUGUGUAACUUCAUGUCAACGUUGAUAGCGAUAGAUCUACAUGCCGGGAUAGCGUCAUUAUAAUUCAUGAGAUGCAGGAGAGGAAAAAACUGUCGAUAUUGAUGUGAUAGGAGGAUUAUAUAUAAUUUUGAAUUUCUCUGUAAUCUGCUUCCGCGUACUUGGGGCGUGUUUUGAUGCGCCCAAGAGCUUCUGCUCGUUGGUAAUUCCGGAAACGGUAAGGAGCAUCUCUAGUCGAUGACAGCUCGUGGAAGCUUGUCAAGUGGAAGAGAAAAAAAGUUGAGCACGUCCUGAUGCGGUGUGUUUACCGUUGUUGCUUGCUUGGAGAGUGAUUGUUCCGUAGUUCAGGACGAUAUAAAAGAAAUUUUCCACGUGGUUUGUUGUUGUUUCUAAAUCGUUUGGAGUUGUGCGUGUAUUACAUCAUCGUCGUUGAGAAUCGGAAAUCUUUCAACAGUGGGUAUAUGGGGUGGGUGGAGCCGUCCGUGCCCGAGAACAAAGCCAUGAUCAAAAUUUCUUCGGCGUAAGCGAGAAUAAAUUUAUCAUACUGCAACAAGAGAAGAAGAGACUCUAGCCCCGGUGAGCUAUAUCAGUAUGGAAAAUCAGCGCCAGUCGUGCUAAGAAUGUCGUAAAUUCAAUUUUGUCAAUUUGAUUUUUUUCGACGCAAUCGUUACCGUGCGUGAAUCGUUCCAUCGUCGUUGGCAUUGUUUCUAAGAAGGAUCAGUGUUUACCACAAAGAAAUGGAGCCAAACCGCACAGACGUUACGAGCAACAGCAGCGCAGGAACAUGAACCAAAGGAAUUUGUAUUCCACCGGUAGAGCGGACAGAGCGCGUGUUGCUAGAACCAUGGAGACUACAGUCACGUAAUAUUGAAAAUUAUGGCUGAGAAAGAAGCGAUCCGCUAUCAGUAUGACUCGUACACCCCCCUCAUGAAACAAUCAAAUAAUGGAAUGAGUACUCUACAGCGGAGUGAGAUGAGUACCGCUCUCAAAAAUGGAACACAGACGUCAACAACGAUUGCGAUUAGCAGCAAGAAGCCGUCCAAAGCCGGUUGUUGUUCGUGUCGCGGAAAGAAAUCAUCGACUUUUUGGGCUGCGUUGUUGACAAAUCUAGGCAUCUGUACGUUGCUGUUUGGGUAUACACUGUUAGGAUCAUUUAUCUUCCUCGCAAUCGAGGGUGGUGCUUCACAGAUGCAACAGCGAAUGCUUGCCUCAACGAAUCGUCAGCUGAAGCCGUUAUCAACACGUAGCGAUAGCAAUCUUACCCUUUCCCAACAAUUGCUGCACGAAGCCAUAGAAGCCAGACAGCGAACGGUGGAGAACAUUUGGGAUAUCACGGUGUCGCUGAACAUUCUCUACCGAGAAAACUGGACCAGACUUGCCUCUUUGGAGAUAGCUCGUUUUCAAGAGCAAUUAAUCAAACGGUUAACAGAGGAAAUGGCAUCACAGUUGGACAACUUGUCACCGGCAGCUAGCGCCGUCAUGGUGCCGCAGCCAUCCCUGCACGACUACGAGUGGACUUUCUCCCGGAGUUUCUUCUAUUCACUGACGAUUCUAAGCACCAUCGGUUACGGCAACAUUGCGCCUCGUACCACAUUGGGCAGGAUUGUAACACUCGCAUACGCUCUGCUGGGGAUUCCAUUAACUCUAGUUUAUUUAUCGAGCACGGGUGGAAUGCUAGCAAAAGUAGCCCGCGGCGUUUUUUCCAGAGUAUUCUGCUGCUGUUUAUGUUCCAACUGUGGCUACUGUUGUUACGACGAGAAACGUAUGGCGGAAAAGGAACGACGGAUGAAGCGCAAACGACAACAGAUGGAGUUGCGAGCCCAGCAUAUUGCCUUGCAGGAGCCUUAUUACGUACGUUCCGGUUCCCUGCACAACAAUCUCCACUCACCAGAGAAGCAGGUCCCAAUGAUAAGCGACGUCGAUUCCAUAAAUGGCACAGACAGUGAAUCACGUACGUCCAUGCAUGGACUCAGUAUAUUAGCGCCCAUUUUACUGUGCAUUGCCAUGAUGUCGAUAUACGUAGCACUUGGAGCGUUUGCACUCUACAAGCUGGAAGACUGGCCUAUCAUCGAUGGAGUGUAUUUUUGUUUCAUGUGUCUUUCAACAAUUGGAUUUGGGGACAUGGUUCCUGGUCUACGGAAAGAGUCCACUUUGACCACGUGGUUCUGCUCGGUUUACAUAAUGUCCGGCAUGGCCCUAACCGCCAUGUGCUUCAACGUGUUGCACGAGGAGAUCAUGCAUCGGCUCAAGCACGUUGUUGAAAUUCAGAAGAAGCUGAAACUGAACGACGAUCACACCGACUUCCUUGCCUCUUGACGAUACGAAAAGAAUACAAAUUUGUAUCAAAGAAAUCCCACCGAGGAAACAUUAAUCACAGGUACUCCAACAUCAUUAAUCUUCGCCCAGGAGCCCGAUUUAAAUCAAUUACAUGUGCUAAAAGAUUGCAAUAAUCACUCGUUAGGACACGAACUGGUUCCAAUUAUCACCAUGAAUAAUCAAGUGGUGCUGCCUGAAGUUUUAGAGAACGUACCCGACUUAUCACUGACGACUGAACAAUGCCAUCCGACUCCACCCAUCGCCAAACAACUCCAAUCGAACCUCAACACCGGAGUGUACACACUUCCAGAGGAACCAGAGCUGGAGUCAGAUGAAAAUCUAGCUAUUUAAAAUUAAUCACAAUCAAUUCCGUCGAAUGGAAUCCUUACAGACCCCUUCCAAAAUAUGAGACAAACACGACUAAUAUUUUAAAAAUCUUCGAAAUAUUUUUUUUUCGAUUUCUGGCGCGACAAAAUUUAAUGAUUGAACACUCCAACGUUGUGAAAAAAAAUUGGAAUCAAUAAAACAAUGUGAACGAAAUGAAAGCAAGAGAGAUGAAAACGGGUUCAUACACAGUAUGUGGUCAACGUGAAAAUUAUGAAUGGCUGCACCAAGUUGCAAUUCUGCCAACGUGCCACUUGCCGGUGAUUUAUUCCAUAAUAGUAUAAACGAUGAAAAUUUCCAACCGAUCAUGAUUGAAUGCACGUUUUAUGGAAACAUACCUGCCCUCUGGGAAAUAAUAAUUCGUUGAUUUAACGCUGUGUAGUACGCGGAUGGGCGAUAAUGGGUGUUGACUAAUUGUGUUAAAGAUUCAUUCAUUUGCGGGGACUACUUGUUUUAUUGGCGGUCCCAGGUCAGUGCCAAACUUCACAGCCAGUAAUUGGAAAAAUAUGAUUGUCUCAUUUGGAUGUGCUUGUUGAAAUUUAUAGGAAAUGCAAUCAUAUUUGACAUCAUGUGCUCUCCAGUAGAGCUCGGAAUGGAAGUGAUUGAAUAAUGCGAACAACUCGAUUAAUUAUCCUAGCAGCUACAAUUUGAGGUACUUCAUUUUUGUUUUCAAAAUUCUUUUAGUUUAAGUUUUAUUUACUUUUAUGAGUAUCAGGUCCGGACGUUUCAAAAGUCCAAGCCAAGGUAUUGUCAACGAGCAUCGCAGCUUCGCAACUUUCGACUAAAUAGGUCAAAAUGCCCAAUAGAGGACCCCUCUAGUAGUGGAAUUUAGAACUUGCUGCCAUAGGGCGAGGAAAUUCCCAGCCCAUAGACAAACAGACAUAACACUCAUGAAAUUAUCAUCGUUCACUGAUUUACUGGUCAAUUUAAAUAAUCAUUAGUUGGUCAAUCGGAAAAAAAGUGAAGCGCGCAUCGAAUUUGCUCAUGUUUGACGUUUGCUCACUACCGCCAUCUGAUUCGUGAUUUUCCUAACGAUCCGAAAACAACAGAUGACGUUAGUGUUUGUAUGACGAUGCAUUUGAUAAAUAAAUGUACAAAGUGUUUGCUCUAUCCGUUUGGAUAAACAUUCCAAUUUCUUUUGCAAUCUCCACAAAACCAGUACAAGCCAAAGAGAUCUCUGCAUGCCACGGCAAUAGUUGCAUUCAAACCAUCUAUCACAUUCACCGAAGCAUUGCAUUAACUUGUUAUCGUUUCGCAAACCGGAAUUGCUGCAACCGCUGAGCGCAUUUGCAAGUUGGUCGUUGAAUAGAUCCUUUGGAUAGACAAAUUUGUUGUACAAGAAGAAAAACUUUUGUGCCAAGUAUAAGCAUACGCCGUAGAUUAUUUACACCGUCGUCUAGUGCACCACAGACGAGGUUUCAGCCUCAGUAUAUGCUAUCCGUUACAAAGCCGG